AUGAGAAUCUUUCUAAGCUUUGCUGUUCCAUUCCUCGUUUUCGUGCUCGGCGAAUGCUCGAAGCAAGUCGUCUUUCGAAAAAAUAAGCAAAAAUACUUGGCGAAUCAUGUCAUCGAAACAAAACAGGCAGAGUUUGAGUUUGAAUGUGGUUUGCUUUGCGCUCGUCAUGAAUCAUGUGCGUCAAUCAACUACAAAACCUCUGGCGCAGAUAAAGGUCGCUGUGAACUCAACUACAAAACAGCUAAGGCAAGAACCGAUGAUGAAGAAGAAACAAACUACGAAUUCAACCAUCUUGUGAUCAUUAAACCUAUCGAGACCUCAUCAACUCAAAAUCAACAAAAUUUCACAUGUGCCACUCUCCGUGAAAAAUAUCCCAGCCUUCCUGACGGAACCUACUACAUCAAUCCCCAGAAUUCAAGUUCACCACCUUUUCCUAUUUUCUGCGAUAUGACUUCGAAGAACGGCGUUGGUGUCACAGUAAUCUCGCACGACAGUGAAGCGAGAACUUAUGUUUCAGGAAUUGAACCGCAUGGUGGAUACGUAAAGAAUGUCACAUAUGAAAUCACAUUAGAACAGGUUGUGGCAAUCAUAAACCAUUCGAAAAACUGCGAACAGUUUAUCAAAUACGAGUGUCAUCGUGCGUUUAUAUUGUAUAAAUCGCAUUCUUGGUGGGUCUCUCGACAAGGAAAGAAAAUGAAUUACUGGGGAGGAGCAGCUGUCGACAGUGGAAAAUGUGCGUGUGGAAUGAACAACAGCUGUGUUGGGGGCGGAAUCUGUAAUUGUGCUGCAAACGAAUACGUUCUUCAUGAAGACAGUGGUUUUCUCAGCGACAGAAACACUUUGCCAGUUAGCCAGCUUCGAUUUGGGGAUACUGGCGAUACUGAAGAAUACGGCUUUCAUACUCUUGGGAAGAUGCUUUGCUGGGGUCACGAUGGCGUCUAA